AUGAACCUGAAUCCUCUUACUAAACAAGGCAAAGCGCUGCACUGUGAGGUCUGUGAAAUGAUUGUAGAAAAAUGGUUAGAGGGUUCCAGUGAUUUUGUUACAAAUAGUAUAUGCAUGGUGAGUCCUGGGACUCAUUUUGUGAAUAGUCAAGAGUUCUGGCCUGUCCACAUGCACAACCAGUGAGUCCCAGUUAAAAAACAGGGAGUCCUUAAUUGAAAAUGCUUGGUAUGGGCCUUUUAACCAGACAGUUAAUCUGGAGACAGAUGCCAAAACUUUUUAUGACAGUUUACUAAAAUGAAAAUAUAGUCCUAUAUAUUUAAAGCACAAAAAGACUAAAAUAUUUAUAUACAUCUUUAAACAACAGCUACAGAAAUCGCACAAACAGGAUAUUCUACCAACAAAUCUUCAAAUCGAUCGAUCAUCCUUUGCAUCCUACGGGAUGCAUGCCAUGAAUUAUUUUGCGUCUUUGGAUAAUUUUUUGUGUGAGGGACACAAGAUGCAGAGGUAACAAAAUCACUGGGGUUUGAAACCAUUCCAAAUAGUGCACCAGUUUAAUUUACUGAGAAGGACGGUAACAAAUAUUGUUGAUCGUUUCAUAUGUCCAGGAAGCCCCUACACAGAGUUUUUUAAACAUCGACGACCAAGUAUGUAUGCUACGGAAAUACAAAAACAUUUAAUCGAAAAUCAGGUUGUUGACCUGCAAAGGUUCGAUAAGUCAUGUAUUGACACGUGAUUUCGGUUACUCUUGCAAAGAGUUGACAAUAGUUCCAAAAGAGAGCUUAAUCUAAUAAUAUAAUAAUGCUUGACUGAGAACGCUCAAGAAAAAGUUGAAGCAUAUAUUUUUUUUCAGUAACUGUGAUCCCAGGAAUAGGUACUUCUUUGACGAGAACUCGGUGAUUAAAACAACUGGGAAGUGAAGUUACUGUUGAGCAAACUUGUGAAGCUCAGUCGUAGUUGACAACUAUGUCUUGAAGUUCGCAAUUUGAUUCCCUAACUUGCUAAGUAAUUGGCUACUUCAUGAUGUAGUACCCAAUUUUCCAACGAACUUUGCAACAUGGUGUGGUAAAUAAUGUGAAAUCGACUGUAACAGAGUGAUCCAGACUUUAAGAGCGCUUUCCAUUUGUCGGAACUGGCCAGCCGGACCAUUGUCCAACCAGUCGGUUUGAUAUUGAAAUACGCUUUUGCCAAGAGUUUUUGCUGAACAACCAUUUCCUUGGUGCAUACUACUUAGGAUUUGACUGAUCUGGCUGGAGAGAUUUGAUUAAAAUGGAAAUUCUCAUUGCGUUGGGAAUGGUUUGGCCGGUCGGUUCUGACAAAUGGAAAGCGCCCUAAGUCUUCAUUUCAGUGGACAGCAAAUCCAGCAGUGGAGUUAAACUAGUAAAACCACUUUUAUUUAUCCUGUAUUACCCUGCAGUUCUAUGCAAACAUCAUAUUGACCAGGGGGAAGGAGGGUACUCCUUAAAUAUGUUCUCUUGAAAUCCAAACAAUGUUCCCACAACUUGCAAAGCAACCAGCAGAUUUGUUUACUGAUCAUUCCUUGAAUAUCCACACUCAUAGCUCAGCAUACAUUGUUGUCAGUUAAGAUGUUACAUGGUUGCGGUGACUGUCACAUUUUUUUUAGUUUCUCUUGCAUCUUCAAUACCAAGAAACAAUUACAACAUGUGAGAAAAACAAAGAAGCAUGAUAUUUUUGUCAAUUAUUGACUAUAUUUUCUCUGUUGGUUCGCCUCUCACUGCUAAAAUAUUUACUUUAGGAAACACAUGUACAUGUAUAUCCAGUAUAUCACAUUGGAUGUUUGGCUUUCAAGCUAGAUCAAACUCUUUCGAAUGAAAGAGUUUGAUACAGCUCAGCCAUUCAACAAAACCCACUCACAAAAAAAAAUUGAAUAGAUCAUUUGAUUUUUGAAUUCAGUCAAACAUUGAGUUGGGUUAUCAAACAAAGUGGAACUCACAUAAGGAACACUCGAAUGGAACAAAAACAAGCGUUUCAGUUCCAAGCAAUUGAUGACAAGUGUGUUAAUUAUUGAUCUAGUGUGAAAGCAGUCAAGGCGAUGUAAGAUCCUGCUUCUUUUAUUAUUUCCAUUUCAGAGUUAAAUUCUAAAAUAAACAUUUUCUGUGAAAAUGUCAAUACAUUUAUUUUGUUUACCAAGGAAAAAGUCUGUAAAUCUGCAAGUUGAAAUCAUCUUGGUAAUCAUCUCAGUUAUUACUCUUCACUACAUAAUUGGCCUCAAUAAUAUUGUAGCAUAUUCUGAAUCCAGCACUUGUCAGAUUUCCCUGGCUUGUUGAGUUUACUCAGUUUUCACAUUUUAUUUUUUUCCAAUAUAAUUUGGUUUGUUUCGAUUUUGUUCAGGCAUCAAACUCUCCAGAAAGCUGGUUUGAUCAGGGUCCGAAAUUUUGAUAUUGUUUGAUGGCCAAACUGUUUUGUUGGAAACGGAACUCGUUUGAUGGUUGAACUUUUUACAGGAAGAUUUUUCACUUUUAAAUUAAAAAAAAUAUCUGCAGGAAAAAGUACACCUUGUGGCAAAUAGCUUUGAGGUUUCAAUUCUUAGUCUCUUCCGCGUGAAAGUCUACAAUGACAACCAGCAGUAUUAACUCUGCUGCCAGAACUGAAUUUUUGGUCGCAUUGGCGACCAGGAAGGCGCAAUUUCGGACCCUGUUGAUAUUGUUUGAUGGCCAAACUGUUUUGUUCGGGGGAGUUUGAUGGGAACUUUGUUUUCCGUAAUAAAGUUGUGAGAACAUCAUUUUCUUGCACCCAGACCUUGUUACUUUCCCCUGCUUCCCCUGGUAUUGACCCUGUACGUGUAGAUGAUAAUGUACAACCUGAGGGAGGUUGUGCCCUUGAAAAGUAGGCUUUUUGUUACUGGUACUGGUAAUCAUAGACAGCCUCUGUUUACAUUUACAUGUACAUGUAACCCCUGGUCCAUAGUCUUAACGUUGCAGGUUGCGGGCAACAUAAUGUACUAACUAUUACUAUGAAACACAACUGUAUGCUUGUAAAAUUAUUGUAAUGUGAUGAAUCAGGGUUGUCAGAAAGUUUUGAAGUAGACAGCUGAGUUGUCAAAAAUAAUAAGCGGCCAGUAAAUUAUAUGUAUAUUACUCAUUUAGUAUUUUUUAUUCGUAUGAGAAUAUGUACAUUAGUAAAGUUGUCUUACUGCUAAAAGGUUUUCCCCCCCCCCCGAUAGCCUGGGGAAUAGCUUCUGUGUUUUACUUAUUACCACUUUGUUUUGUUUUUCAUACAACAGGCCAGGCAGAUCACCUUGGUAUGUGAUGUUGGUGCAGAACGUUCCCUCAAAGCAGGCUGGUUCAUGGAACUUAAUUUCAGUCUCAAGUUACUGUGCUUUAUGCUUAGUCAAGUUCUGCAAAUGUUAAUCUUGAAAUACUACUUCUAUGCUAAAGACAAAGAAUGUCCAACUGCUACCUCGAGUGGGCAAGGUGAAGCAAACCUUGCAUUCUAA